ACUGAUGCCUCACUUUAUUAAUUUCCCCUAGUUUCUACUGGAACGUAAACAACAAAAUCAAGAAUUCAAACAAUUUGAAAAAGAUAUUAAUAUAAGGUGUCAAAUGAAGACUGCACCACAUCAAAGAUUAGUCAUGGCUGGUGAUCGGGAUGUGUUAAAAGAGUUACUGCGACGUCGUUUGGUUGAGUGUGGUUGGCGUGAUCAAGUAAAGAUAAUCUGCAAGGAAUUGAUUAAGGAAAAUGGACAGGAUAUUACAUACGAUACUUUAUUGUCAAUGGUCACAAGCAGAGCAAGAAGUCUUGUACCAGAUUCUGUAAAGAAGGAACUUUUGCAGAAGAUAAAAAAUCAAUUGAUGUCGCAAGAAGAGAGUUUGAAGAUGUGAAGAAUUAGUAUUAAUUUGUAUAAAAAUUACUUUUUUACAAAUUUGUAUGCUCGUGAUAUUAGUAUUAAAUCCAGCUUAUAAACAGAA